CCUCCAUCCCUCCAUGCCUCCAUCCACUCACCCCUCCAUCCCUCCAUCCCUUCAUCCACCCAUCCUUUCUUCAUCCAUCCAUCCAUGAAUCCCUCCAUUAUUCUAUCCAUCCACCUCUCAUCUACCCAUCCAUCUCACCAUCCUGCUAUUCACCCUUCCCUCCAUCAAU